AUGACCCUAACUUCCAUCAACACCGGCCGACACGGGGCGGAGCAACGGGUCAACCGUCUCUUCGUCACUGGGCGCUAUCUCGUCGUGCGAGUGCUGGUCGAUGGUUUUCCACUCUACCUUCACAACGUAUACGCACCUGUCGACCGCCAGAAGAAAUUUCAGUUCUUCUCGGGAUUGGUCACGGAGGAGUUUGAAGACCACGCGACCCAUAUUGUGUCGGGAGAUCUCAAUACUCCCUUGGAUCCUAGGCUUGACUCAUCCACUCCUGACUUGCGCUAUGACCCGGGUCGGUCCAGCUGUCUUGAAUGGAUGGCCAAACUCGGGGUCGUCGUCGCUUGGAGGAUUCACUUUGACACCAAACGAGUUUUUACUGGUCUUCUACCCCGCAAGAACCGUCUGGAUUACAUCUUGAUUUCGGAGUCCUUCUCGAACGAUUUCUAUGGCGAUUCUCGGUAUUUUCUUCCGCAACAUGCUGGUGACCAUCUUGCUCACAAAGCAGAGAUCGUCCGGGACAGACUGCGUUCUGCCUCAAACCCGGGCACGAUAUGGGAAUCUUGGAAGCUAUCCAUCAAGUCUCAGCUUCAGGCGGUCCAGAAGAAGCUUCGCCUCCAAGACACCCAAGCCAUUGCGGCGGCUCGGAUACGUCUUAAUCGCGCCGCGGCCCGGUUUCGCGGAAGUUCGUGUGCUCAGGGUCGUGACCUAUUCGAUGCUGCCAUGCUUUACUACAAGAAGACUGCGACUCGCACCAGCCAGUAUAACCAGGAUGAUGCCUUAGAUUUCCAAGCGGCCAAUUUCGAAAGAUCAACGAAGUAUUUCUUUCGCCCACUGGACACAAGCUUGAGACGUGUUUCCAUUGAAGAAGCCUUGACUCCCGAUGGGUCGCUUUCGACAAAUCCCACGUACAUAUCUCAAAGAUUCCUGGAGCACUGGGUGUCUGAGAUGGGAGAUCCCACCAGUCCGGCUGGCCUGGGUCCUCCUCCACAUGCUGCAUUCCAGCUGACGCUGCUCAACACAGUCGUUCGAUCUGUAUCUUCCCUCGACCUUGACAUCUUGGACGCCCCGGUAACUGCUACGGACUUGGCAGCCGCCAUCCGCCACAUGCGCGCGACUUCGUCACCUGGGAUGGAUGGUCUGACGGCUGGUUUCUACCAGGUCGCUCCUGAUGUUUUCGGAGACUGCCUAAGUAUCGUUUUUAAAGAUCGUCUCCACCGCGGUACGCUCCUUCCGUUCCAGCGGAAGUCAGCAGUUGUUCUGCUUCACAAGAAAGGGUCGCGUGCGGCUCCUGGAAACUACCGCCCGAUUGCUCUUGUACAAGUCGAUGUGAAUAUACUAUCGCCUCCAACAGACCUACUUACAGGCCGGAACGAUGAAGCGUACGCGAUGUUUCUGGAUUUUGAAAUAGCCUUCGAUCGAGUUAACUGGGACUACAUGUUUCGUCUACUCGAGCGCAUGGGCUUUGGGCCGACGUUUACGCGGUGGAUCCGGCUUCUUUACACGGACCCACGGGCCCAUCUGAUGAUCAAUCAGAACAUCCAACCAGCGCUCUUCCCGACACGCAGUGUAAAGCAAAGGGAUCCGUUAUCAUCCCUUCUUUUCAUCUUGACCAUCGAGCCUCUUAGCAAUCUCCUCCGGAAACACUAG